UGAUGGAAGAGAGAAGUGAGUGAAGAAAGCCAAAGUGUUCUGAAGCGGAGCGACAGGAAAGAGUAGAGGGGAUCAGUGGAUUCUCUCUACCUCUAACACAAUCACAGGUUCUGGGUCUCGAUUGAUCUUUUGAAUUGGGUUACCAUGUGUUCUUCGAGACCUGUCCCUCCGCUUGAAUUCCGUUGCACUGACGAAGAGGUUGUAGAGCAUUUGGAAAGAAUAGUCUCUGGGGCUCCCCUUCCGGUCAAUGUGAUUCCGGAGAUGAACCCUUACGAAGUUGAGCCCUGGAAAUUGCCUGCUUACGAGAAACAUGUUGCAGAUAAAAUUUGGUGCUUCUUCAAUUCAAAGGACCCUAAAGCUACAGGAACUGGAUAUUGGAAAGCCACAGAGGAGAGUCGCAGAAUUCCAAAAAAUUCUACCACUACUGGUUGCAAAACUACUCUGGAAUUUUACAUAGACAAGGCUCCUUAUGGAACUAAAACUGAUUGGAUGAUGUAUGAAUACAAGAUUUAUUGGAAUGUGUUCUCUGAAAAUUAUGAAAUACAGGAUUCCAGUUCACUGUGUAGGGUCUUUCGCAAUAGCAUCCAAAGUCCAGAUCAUGAAGAUCGCCACAGUCGUGCAGCUGCAGAUGAUGCUAAUGGAGACUAUAUUCAUCCAGAAUCAUCAAUCAGGGUGAACGCUGAAGAAAAUUGUCUCAGUGCACAAGAUGGCUCGAGCAGGUCCCAGGUCAUCCAUGGUAUUGAUGAGAAUGGACCAACAGCUGUAUCCGAAAAGAAUCUGCCAGACCAGAGACUUGAUAAUCCUGUGCAGGACCUGGAUGAAAACUAUGAUUUCUCAAGAGAAGACUACUUGGAAUUACUUGAUCUUGUUAAUCCUGAAUCGCCUUCUUCCAGUUCUGAAAACUCGAGUUGCUUGACCAUGUCAUCAGAUGAAUACUUUGAUUCUUUGGCAUUGUUGCGGGAGUUAGAGGGAGGGAAAGUCGAAAAUACACAGAUGAAUCAGACAAAUUCUAAUUUCAGUGUCUCUACAUCUCACAGCCCAAAUCUGAUGGUUUUCAAGCCAACCUCUUCUGGUUCAGCAGUACAGCAGCAUGUCCUCAACAGCAAGAUGGAAAAACAUGUUGCAGAUCAAGGCCCCUCUACAAGCUCACCAAAUGAAGUGGCAUCAUCACAUGGUCUUCCAGCCGUUUCAGAUGGAAAAAGAAAGGCUGUUAGUAGGAUGACAAAGCUUAGGAAGAAGUAUUGGUGCUUCAUUCCAUUCUAGAUUUCUUAUGUGUGUUUAUAUAUGUAUAAGUUAACAAAAGUCUGAUAGAUCACGUUGUUUAGUUUGUAUAAGGAAAA